UACUACAGCCUCGCUGGACGGCGCCAUAUUAGACUGUGCUGCAGACGGAGAGCAGGAAGUGAACUUUCCCCCGAUGGCAGGGCUGCUGGCGCCGCUGUGUUCGCUUUGACAACCCUCCCUCCCGGUCCGGGGGAGACUCCUGCAUGCCCGACGCGUCCUCGACUCAAGAGCCCGGGGCUGCGGAGCUGUCGCGGUUCCCGAGAGAACAUGACUUCCCUACUGACCCAGCGCAGCUCGGGCCUGGUGCAGCGGCGGACCGAGGCGUCCCGCGGAGCCCAGGACCGAGAGCGCUCCGCCGGCCUGGACGAACGCGAGCCCCGCGGGGACGAGCGGGACAAAGACGACGACAAUGGCGGCGACGCCGGCGACUCCAAGGAGCAGCGGCUCACCCUGAUGGAGGAGGUGCUGCUGCUGGGGCUCAAGGACCGGGAGGGCUACACCUCGUUCUGGAACGACUGUAUUUCCUCCGGCCUGCGCGGGUGCAUGCUGAUUGAGCUGGCUCUGCGAGGACGGCUGCAGCUGGAAGCGUGCGGCAUGAGGAGGAAAGCUCUGCUGUCCAGGAAGGUGAUUUGUAAGUCGGAUGCUCCGACAGGGGACGUCCUCCUGGACGAGGCGCUGAAACACAUCAAGGACACCCAGCCCCCGGAGAGCGUGCAGAGCUGGAUCGAGCUGCUGAGCGGAGAGACGUGGAACCCCCUGAAGCUGCACUACCAGCUGAGGAACGUGCGUGAGCGUCUGGCCAAGAACCUGGUGGAGAAGGGGGUGCUGACCACGGAGAAGCAGAACUUCCUGCUGUUCGACAUGACCACGCACCCGCUCACCAACAACAACAUCAAGCAGCGGCUCAUCAAGAAGGUGCAGGAGGCCGUGCUGGACAAGUGGGUCAACGACUCCCAGCGCAUGGACAAGCGGCUGCUGGCGCUCAUUUUCCUGGCCCACUCCUCGGACGUGCUGGAGAACGCCUUCGCCCCGCUGAUGGACGACCAGUACGACCUGGCCAUGAAGAGGGUGCGGCAGCUGCUGGAGCUGGAGCCCGAGGGCGAGAGCACCAAGGCCAACGCCAACGAGCUGCUGUGGGCCGUGGUGGCCGCCUUCACCAAGUGAGGCCGGCCGGGCGGGCCGGGGGGGCUCGGCUCCGGGACUCUGAGUACUCUGGGGUGGAAAUCAGAGCGCUCCCUUCAGGGACCGGACCUCCUCCCAACCUGGACACUUCCAUCAUCCCUGGCCCUCUCUGCUCCUCCCACACAACCAUUCCUCCCACCACGUCUCAUUUCUGUGUUCAUCCUGAAAGCCGAGCUCUGGGACUCUGAAUGACAUGAUUGGUCACUCGAUGAAUGAUUAAUGUGGAUUUUGUGUGGCUGCGUCAGGAUAGCGUUGAUGUUAAUGAGACGAGCAGCAGAGGUGUGCCGGGCUGUGUUGGACUUCUCCCCCCAGGUGGAACUGAGCUGUGCAGGAAGUGUUGAUGGUGUCCUUACAAGAUCUAAAUCUCCCAACAUGAAUGCUUAAUGUUCUCA